GUCAGCUCGCCUUGCCCGCUCUAAUCGGUCACCACUGACCUCCGCCCAUGGCGACCAUGUCUGCAGCCCUCGCCAUCUCCUUACCGUCGCUAACUCGCGUUGCCGUCGCAAGUACGCCCUCUGCUUCCUCGCGCAUCAAGAGAGCCACACAAUUCAGGUGCUGCGCGGAUUCUUCUUCCCAGGAGCAGGAGAUCUCCGGCGCCCCUCCCGCCCCGCCGCUGGACAAAUCUGCAAGAUCGCCCCCUUCCUCUCUGCUGGGCAUUUCCACGAGCACCUGGUCUGCGGGUGUCGCUGGGCUGGGGUUCCUGGAGACUGGUUACCUCACUUACCUCAAGCUCACGGGCUCCGAGGCGUUCUGCCCCAUCACUGGCGCAGGCUGUGGCGACGUCCUCGACAGCGACUACUCCGUCGUCUUUGGGAUACCUCUUCCCAUAGUUGGUCUGGUGGCAUAUGGUUUAGUUACCGCACUUUCUCUGCAAAAAAAUGGAAAGGACUUGCUCCAAGGAUCAGAUGACCUGGAUGUUAGAUUGAUAUUGCUUCUGGUUGCUACUUCUAUGGCAACUGCGAGUGUUUAUUUUCUUUAUAUUCUAAGCACUAAAUUUAUUGGGGUGUCAUGUUCGUACUGUUUGCUCUCAGCAUUUCUCUCAUUCACUCUACUCUUCAUCAGAGUAAAGGACAUCGGUUUUGAACGUAUCCAGAAGUUCGCUGGCAUUCAGUUAGCUGUAGCUGUCAUUAUAGCUCUUGCUUUGACAAACUCAUAUAGUUCUGCUACUACUCAAUUGAAAGGCACAGAUGAUUUCGUAUUACAGCCGUAUGAAACAGAGAUAUCAACCGAAUCAUCCCCAUUUGCCAUUGCACUGGCUAAACAUUUGCACUCUAUAGGUGCUAAGAUGUAUGGAGCAUUCUGGUGUUCUCAUUGCAAUGAACAAAAACAGAUGUUUGGUCAUGAAGCUACGAAAAUUCUGGAUUAUGUGGAAUGUUUCCCAAAUGGAGCUGGUAAGGGAAAGAAAAUGACCGCUGAAUGUGCCGCUGCUGGUCUUGAAGGUUUUCCAACAUGGUUCAUCAACGGAAAGAUUCUGAGCGGUGACCAAGAGCUUGAAGUUCUGGCUGAAGCAUCAGGCUUCGUUGGUGAGGGCACAGAACAACCCAAGGGAAUAUCGCAGAAUUGAUAUUAAAUCAUUCUGAACUGAAGCUGGCAGGUUCCUGAACCAAUAAUCUGGAUGCAGUCUUUAGAUAGCAAUAUCCCAAAUGUUCACUAGCACAGUUGCAUCCGAAGGUUGCUUACCCUACUUACAACUAACCACUAUAAUUUGUAGCGACUGUACAUGCUCUACGAGAAGAGAGAACAAACCCCAAGACAGCGUGUUGUAUAACCAUUUGUAGAUCUAGUUUGUACUGUAAAUGUGUAAUCCUACGAAAACGGUCUUGUUCAUUCGCUUGUAUACGAUGUAUUGAUGUUUAAUGAUAUAAAAAAACUCGUGGGUCCCUAUACCCGCUUAUGUG